CCCUCGAGUGAGCGACUGGGCGCGGAGGUCCCCUCCCUCCUCGCUGGAGUCUGCCAGCUCCCGCUCGCUCCCUGCCCACUCCCGGGGGGCUGUUCCGUGGCGCGGCCGCCGCGGCCACCGCUUCUUUCACACUUUAGUUGCGAGCGGCGCGCCGCGCUCAGUGACUGGAGAGCUGGCCGCACGCCGCCUUCCCGCACACACGCACGCGGGCCCGGCUCCGGGGCUUUCUGCUUUUACUCCAGGCGGCUGGGAGGAGGGGGAGCCCCGGCCACACUGUGGGGAGGAGGAGGACGUGGAAGAGGGACGAAGAGAACGGGCAAGGAGGCCAGGGGCGGGGGGCGGGGGGCUUGCCACCUUCAGCCCCCCCCCGCGAGCGCCCAAGGUGCACGCACUGUGACCAACGCAACGACGAAGUGGAUUUCCUUUGUGUUUAAAGAGAGAAGAAGAAAAAUGUCCCCGUGUCUGUAGAGAUGAUUUGCAGUUCAGCCCGGCUGAAGCUGACCGAAUGAGACUAUGGGCUGUGCCUCUGCCAAGCAUGUUGCUACUGUUCAAAAUGAAGAGGAGGCUCAGAAAGGGAAGAACUACCAGAACGGAGAUGUGUUUGGCGAUGAGUAUAGAAUCAAACCCGUGGAAGAGGUCAAAUACAUGAAAAACGGAGCAGAAGAGGAGCAGAAAAUAGCAGCCAGGAACCAAGAAAACCUGGAAAAAAGUACCAGCUCGAAUGCGAGGCUUAAAACUAAUAAAGAAGUCCCCGGAUUGGUCCAUCAACCCAGAGCGAACAUGCACAUCUCGGAAAGCCAACAAGAAUUCUUCAGAAUGCUGGAUGAAAAAAUUGAAAAGGGUCGGGAUUACUGUUCUGAAGAAGAGGAUAUUACAUAGCAUCGGUUCUCCCACUCGGACCAGGAGCUACUACUGUGUAAAUAGGUUACACCCCAGUUGAAACCUUUGCAAAGGUCGGUUCUCUUCACUGAACAGCACUAUAGCAAACGAAGACUGUUCCAUAUCGUAUGCCCCAUUAAAUUACAGUGUUUCUUAAUGAAUCUGCAAAGGAAUAUUGCUAAACACAAACAUACACAUACAAAAAAAACUGUUCUGGAACUUUCUUUGUUGCUGCUAGUUAAAACUUGUUGCAACUUUUCACUUCUCUCGUGUCCAAGUAUGCAGCAAAAUUCUGCAGUUCACCUUAAAGAUACUAUUGGUUUUCUGAUGCUCUCCUGCCUAUUUUCUAUAAGAUGUAGUGAUGAACUCUGAUACAGACUUCAGUCCUAGCCUGGUUCUGCUUUGAGGUCAAGCUUCUCUUCCCCUCUUUCCUCCUUAUCCAUCUCUUCCAAGUGGUCCAGAGAUGGCCUGAGCCUUGCUUCUCACUGGUUAAUGUGGGUGUUUGGAGAUGGGAUGGUGGCCAUGGGGAGCCUUGUUUCACUGCUCCAAAGUUGAAGAGCCACGGUUGGUUAAGAGCAUGUUGUGACCUGACUCCUGGAAGUGACACCGGAGUGAGCAGCAGGGCGUGCCACUUACUAGGACUCUUAGUGCAGGAUGAAGCUUGUAGCAUUGGCUUUGCUCAGAUGCAAAUGGAAGUGUGACCACAAUCAUUUUGAAUCCCUCCUCCUCACUUUUUUUUCUAAGAAAUAAACAUUUUACUGUUUUUA